AUGCAGCCUUCCAUGCCCACGUCCAUGCCAUCUGACUCUCGGCUUCUAUCGAGAGGUCCGGCAUGUAAUCUUGAUCUUCUUUCCGACGCGGCGACGCACCUGGCUUCCGGUGGUGAGGUCAAUAACCUUCAGCACAUGCAACCGACCAUGAUGCAAGGGCUCUCGCAACAGCAAGGUGACCUUCCUCCGGCCAAGUCUUACCAGGACUCUAUGGCUUUCGCAAACCAUAAUCCAAAGCAGGAACCUGGUGUCAUGAAUGGGGGAUAUUCUACGCAACCUCCAGGCUCCGAGUUUGACCCCUUUUUAAUGGAGGACUAUGCGUCAUCGCACGCUUUUCCUCCGUUCUUCGACGGGGACCAAUCGUUUAGUAUGUGGUCUCGCCCUGGACUCGAGAACGGAUUACGGGGCGGUCCCUCGAAGCCCAACUCAACAUUUCCGUCGAGGUUUCCGUCGGUACAGCCUGAGCUUCGAGAUGGCCCAGACGGGAGUGCCGCGAUGAAAGCAGCAAACUUCACGAUUUUGGCAAGAGACCAUUCCCUGAUGAAAGCCAAACUCGAUGAAUUUUCUUCGGUUCUCCCCAGCAACUUUGUAUUUCCUUCGCCCCACACUUUGCAGAGGUUCUUGGAAGGCUUUUUUACUGGCUUCCAUGAUCAUCUACCCUUCAUUCACCUCCCGACUUUUUCACCUGUGGAGGCUUCCCCUGAAUUGUUGCUGGCCAUCGCUUCCGUAGGUGCGCAGUACCGCUUCGAGCGACCGAGAGGCCAUGCGCUCUGGUAUGCCGCCAAAGCUGUUGCCUUGGAACAGAUCCGACGCCGAAAUAAUUACGAAGUGCAGGGCCUUCUACCGCCUUCGGGGCAAUAUAGCCCCCGAACCUCAGCCAAACCGUCACCGAGCUCUGGAUUUCGACACUCAUAUCCUUCUGUUCAUCGAGACCGCCCGGUCACUCAAGACACUCACCGGGAACUUUAUUCCCCGAAUACGCCCCAGUCACGCCUCGAGACGAUUCAAGCGAUCCUUCUCCUUUUUGCUAUAGGUUUGUGGGGGGCCAAGGCCAUCCUACACGAGGCACUGUCCCUGCAAAGUCAACUUGCGUUCCUGGUCAGGGAAGAAGGUCUCCAAGGCGAGCCCAACCAAGCGCCUGACUGGGAGAGUUGGGUACACGCCGAGUCAGCAACUCGAACGAAGCUGAUAGCAUACUGCUUCUUCAACCUCUGCAGUGUUGCGUACAAUACGGUCCCCCUGCUCCUUACAUCUGAGAUACAGCUCUAUCUGCCCAACGCCACUCGUUUGUGGAGAGCAGGAGAUUCGAUCCAGUGGCAAGAAGCGCGGCAAACCUCUCCCAACACCGAUGUUCCUUUGUCAAUUGCGUUUUCGCGGUUGUUCAAUCGUGGGAUCCAGGGCCCGCCCCCUCAGGUCACAUCCUUGGGCAACUACGUUCUCAUUCAUGCUAUCCUCCAGCACAUCUUUGUGCUCAAGCAGGCGACGUACGCAACAUCCCUUGGAACGCAGAGAGCGCUAAGGGGACAGGAUAAUGAGGAUAUUGGUCAAGCUCUUAGAGUGUGGUAUCACAGUGUUGAGCAGCAGCGACACGUAGAGGGGGUUGAUACAUGGGAUUCUGUCGACUCCAAUUCUCUGGCCUUGCACAGGGUGGCGUUCAUCAAGCUGAACACGGACCUGAAUGCCAGUCGCUAUCUGGAAAUGCGUGAUUACAACGCUGCUGGGAGGGCAUAUGCGGACGCACCUCUCCUUAUGCGUGGUAUGCUGCUCAAUCGCGCAGUGUAUCAAGCUAUUCAGGCGCUUAGCCCAUUGGUCAAGAUGGGCGUCAACUACGUAGCGAGGACCAAGUCGCCAGAAUGGGGUGUACAGCAUUCAAUGUGCAACAAUGAAUGCGCCGUCGUGAUCUCCAAAUGGCUUCUGACCCUUGCCUCGAUCGGCCCAACUGACACGCCGAUAACGGUCGAUGAGAACCAGCUCCUCGAAGCUCUACGGCGCAUGUUAGACGAGACCGAGUUCGCCGUUCCCAUUGACCCGGCCAUCGGCGGAGGGACACAACAAAACCACAAUCACCAGCAGAGGUCGGCUGACGGGUUAGCUACCGACCCCAUCAACCUUCGCCAGCUCGCAGCGGCAGUGGUCAGGUUAUGGGCUGAGACAUUCAAGGGGAGUCAUCUCUUUGAGUUUGUGGAUAUGAUGGGUUCUGCGCUGGAGUCAUACGCAUAUCAUAUUGAGAAUCCGAGGAUUAGGACGCCGUUGGCGAUGGCGAGGAUGGACGCCAACCAUCAGAUGCAGAUGUAG